GCCAUUCAGCAUCCACUUUUACAGUAUUGUGGCCCUCCGUCUCCCGUUUGGUUCGGUUCUCUGUCCACAUGCUACAGAAAAUUUUGUUUUAAAGUGUGUUUUUCUUGGUAAUUGCUUCCAGCUUUUGCUUCAUUGGGCAUGGGGCAGCGUUGUUUUAAGAAGCUCUUCGAAAACCAACUCCGAUGUAGGGACUUCUUUAAUUUUUGUUUUGCAGUGAGUGGAAAAUCAAGUCCGAUGUAGGGAUUGCUUUAAUUUGUGUUUUGUGGGGAGUAGAAAAUCGAGUCCUCUGGAGGGACUGCUUUGAUUUUUGUGUUGUAGUGAGUGGGACACAACGUAGUUCCGAUUUGGUUCAUUUAUUUUCUGCGUAAUAAAUAGGCAUGGCAUAACAUACGGUCUAACAAUUUGUAAAUUAUUAAAAUAAAGAGAAGUCUAAUGCAAUCACAACUUUAUGUUCAUGCAUUGGUGUGUUUCAUGGUGUGCUUUCACAUACAUGGCUUCACAUGUACAUGCAUAUGAUUGUAGUGUAUGUGUGUCCUUGUAACUGUAGGAUUACAGUGCUAAAAAUAUCUCGAUAAUUCUGUAUAUAUCUAAACCAUCCUGUAAAAAUUCUAAAGUUAAAUUACACGUGAGGAAAAUAUUACUAAAUGUGUACAUGUGACUGUAGGCACUUACUGGCAUAGCACCUGGUAAAUCUAUCUUAACUAGGGCAGUGGCACACAGUGGACAAAAAACAUUUUGAAUGGGCAGUUAAUGAAGGAGCAUCUUGUAAUAGAAUGAGGACCUUUUGUGUAUCCAUAUAGGAUUUUCAUAUAUUCUGUAAGAAAGUCGUAUUUCACUAAGCCAUACAUAUGUUUUGUUUUACUAAUAUGUGAGACCCCUGUGGUAGUUGACUUAAGGAAGUUUAGUUAUUUUAAAUCUUGGACAUUACCUAAACCUCUGUGGAGAUUUUGAAUGCUGGUUGACAAUUCAUAGGGUCCUGAAUUUGAAAAACAAAACAAUUACCUUUGAUCUGGAUCUGAAUAUAAGACAGUUCAGAUCCAUGUUUUCAGAAUAAAAGAUAAAAGGACUCUUAAAAUGUGUACUCUGCUGUAACUACCAUUAUGUUAAGCUACUAUAAUAGCUUUAAUUUUGCAGUAUGUUUUUGCUGACUUCAUAAACCACAAAACUGACUCGUUUCUAUUCAACCGAAAGUGAAAUUACGGCUUUGACCUGUCUUCCUGGGAUAGGUGGAAUUUGUCUUAUGGCUGAAGUAUAAUAUUAAUACAUGGCUUCAGGUUGUUGUUUUUUUUUUUUUUAAUUCAGGAAAUUCUCAAGCUGAAAAUCAACAUCCACGCAAAUAAAUCUCCUUCAUGAUAUGUAAUGCUAAAAGAACAAAUAUUCUAAAAGGAUAGCAGUGGUCCAGUAUAACUGAAAUAUUACCGACCCAUGGUGUACGAUUUGUUUAUACAAAGUCCACAUUUGCAUCCUUUUAGGCAGUAAAUAAUUUGUUAAUAUUUGAUAAUGGGCUGCAUUAAAAGUAAAGAGAACAAAAGUCCAACCAUUAAAUAUAGAACUGAAAGCACUCCAGAGCCUGUCAGUGCAAGUGUUAGCCAUUAUGGAGCAGAACACACGGCAGUGGCCCCAUCGUCUUCAACAAAGGGAGCAUCUGUUAAUUUUAACAGUCUUUCCAUGACACCAUUUGGAGGAUCCUCAGGGGUGACACCUUUUGGAGGAGCAUCUUCUUCAUUCGCAGUGGUGCCAAGUUCAUAUCCUGCUGGUUUAACAGGUGGUGUUACUAUAUUUGUGGCCUUAUAUGAUUAUGAAGCUAGAACUACAGAAGACCUUUCAUUCAAGAAGGGUGAACGGUUUCAAAUAAUUAACAACACGGAAGGAGACUGGUGGGAAGCACGAUCAAUUGCUACAGGAAAGAACGGCUAUAUCCCUAGCAAUUAUGUAGCCCCUGCAGAUUCCAUUCAGGCAGAAGAGUGGUAUUUUGGCAAAAUGGGGAGAAAAGAUGCUGAAAGAUUACUUCUGAAUCCUGGGAAUCAACGAGGUAUUUUCUUAGUACGAGAGAGUGAAACUACUAAAGGUGCUUAUUCUCUCUCUAUUCGUGAUUGGGAUGAGGUAAGAGGUGACAAUGUGAAACACUACAAAAUUAGGAAACUUGACAACGGUGGAUACUAUAUCACAACCAGAGCACAAUUUGAUACUCUGCAGAAGUUGGUAAAACACUACACAGAACAUGCUGAUGGUUUAUGCCAUAAGUUAACAACCGUGUGUCCAACUGUGAAACCCCAGACUCAAGGUCUAGCAAAAGAUGCUUGGGAAAUCCCUCGAGAAUCUUUGCGACUAGAGGUUAAAUUAGGACAAGGAUGUUUUGGUGAAGUAUGGAUGGGAACAUGGAAUGGAACCACAAAAGUAGCAAUCAAAACACUAAAACCAGGUACAAUGAUGCCAGAAGCUUUUCUUCAAGAAGCUCAGAUAAUGAAAAAGUUAAGACAUGAUAAACUAGUUCCUCUAUAUGCUGUUGUUUCUGAAGAGCCCAUUUACAUUGUCACUGAAUUCAUGUCAAAAGGGAGCUUAUUGGAUUUCCUGAAGGAAGGAGAUGGAAAAUAUUUGAAGCUCCCACAACUGGUUGAUAUGGCUGCUCAGAUUGCUGAUGGUAUGGCAUAUAUUGAAAGAAUGAAUUAUAUUCAUCGAGAUCUUCGAGCUGCUAAUAUUCUUGUGGGAGAAAAUCUUGUGUGCAAAAUAGCAGAUUUUGGUUUAGCAAGGUUAAUUGAAGACAAUGAAUAUACAGCAAGACAAGGUGCAAAGUUUCCGAUCAAAUGGACAGCUCCUGAGGCUGCACUGUAUGGUCGAUUUACUAUAAAGUCUGAUGUAUGGUCAUUUGGAAUUCUGCAGACAGAACUGGUAACAAAAGGCAGAGUGCCAUAUCCAGGUAUGGUAAACCGUGAAGUGCUAGAACAGGUGGAACGAGGAUACAGGAUGCCUUGCCCUCAGGGCUGCCCAGAAUCCCUACAUGAAUUGAUGAAUCUUUGUUGGAAGAAGGACCCUGAUGAAAGACCAACGUUUGAAUAUAUUCAGUCCUUCUUGGAAGACUACUUCACUGCUACAGAGCCACAGUACCAGCCAGGAGAAAAUUUAUAAUCCACGUAGCCUUUUAUAUGCGUAAAUCUGCCAAAUUUAAAGAACCUGUGUAGACUUCUUUACUUUACCUACAGGAAUCAAAAGAAGAAAGUCUUCAUUCUGCAUGUUUUUAAUGGUAAACUGGAAUUCCAGAUAUGGUUGCACAAACCACUUUUUUUUUGUUUUCUCAAGUGUUAAACUCUAAAGUACCAAUGAUGCAUCUUCCAACUUAUUUCAGGGUCCAAAGAAGUAUAGUUGUGAUAUUGAUGAUAGUGUGAGGAUAGCAUAACAGUGAAGAGCAACAGGGCUACUUCUUUAUAAACCACUUCAUUUCUUUUAUUCCCCAAACUCAGAAUUGUUAAGAGAAAAUUAUAUAUCGUAAUAGACAAAACUUGGGAGAUAAAAUCAGUUCUACCAUAAUAAAAUCUAAAGUUAAGGAGCUUCAUGGGACCAAACAAUUCCAUUCCAGUUUUUAAAGAUUUCUUGCAUUCAUUGUUCUCACAAGUUUUUUCUAAGUUGAACUGUUAAUAUGCAAUCUUAAUACCUGCCUUCUUUUGCAUGGAAAUGGGCCAGGUUUUUAGAAGCAAAAAGGAAUAUAAACAGCCUCUGAAACUUGAUGAAAUGUUAGACCACAGUAGUGGCAUUUGAAAAUGUAAUGCACUAUGUUAAUACUCAUGGAACUGGAAAGUAGAAGAUUUUUACUUUAGUCAUUUUCUGAAUAGCUCAGUUUAGAAUAAUGGUAACUAGGAAGUGAGUUAAUCUUUUACAAUGUUGCAUUGAUUUUUUUUUUUUUUUAAGGCAACAUAUAAUUGAAGUUGUACUGUCCAAUCCAAGGGGAAAGCUUUUAAACUUUAGAUAGAAUCAAAAAAUAAGACCUGGCAUAUAAACAGUCCAUUUUAAAAAAUAGACUGGUACUGUGAGAUAUUUCUAAUAUUACUUAUGGUGAUGGGUGCCACGAAUAUAAAAUAUCACUAGAUCAGGGACUUGAAUGCACUUUUGCUUUUAUUGAAUAUAGAUUGACAGAGAGGAAAAUAUUUAAAAGAAAUAUGAGAAAAGAAAAUGUGAAAAUUUUACAGAUGGGACGUUAUGCUUAAUAUUAAGGAGUGACAAAAUUGCUUUGCUGGCACUCACAGCUCCUCACUUCUCUGUUUUCCGAGAUUUUAAGAGUUACAAGGUAUGACUAAAACUAAUCUUUUUUUAACAUAAACACUAAAUGAGUGUUAUGGCCUCAAAUAGUUAAUUUAAGGCUUCCCACUAAUUCCAAUGAUACAGCCUUUAUGCGAAACAUUUUUAGAACUCAUUUUCAAAUCCAUGUUUAAAUCUGCACUAACUUUUUAAAUGUACUUAAUGGUGAUCUUUUUUUCCCUUUUAGAAUUUAGUUGACUUGGGGAGGAGAACUUAUUGAGAAUAACAACAGUGGUGAAAAGGGGGGACAGUUUUUGCCCAUCCAAAAUGUAGAAAUAAAACUCAAGAGUUUUAUGAUCGACUCAAAAAGAAACUCCAAAAUAUAAAUUUGAAUAGCAGCAUUAUUGGUUUAAGUGUCUAGCAAAGGAACUGAAUCUGAUGAACAAAAGUCUGGUAUUUUUGUUUUUGUUUUGGUAUUUAUGUUUUAAAAUAUUCUCCUUUAUAGUCACACUUCUAAUGCAGCGCAUCGGGUUUCCGUAUUUUAGAAUUCUUUUUUUCUGCUGAUCAACAUUCAUUUAAGAAAAUGGUUGAAUCUUAGUAAGAACAGUGAGCUUUGUCGUGUUUUACUUGCCCUGUUCACAACUCCUACCCGCCAGCUCCACGGUAACCCUGAAAGCCUAACAGUCCCUAGUUGGUUUUACCUACAGUCACUUAAUUGAUUUAAUCAUUAAGUUUAAAAUUGUCUGCCAUGAUAACUGUGUUGAAAUUCAGACCAUUUUAAAAUGUGACAAAUGAGCUUCAUGCAAGUUGGUAACAGUUCUGGUACUAAAAAUUGUGGAGGUUUCUAAUGUUUACGUAACCUGUUUAGUAUUGAAUCCCUCUUCCAAGAGGGUCUUCUAGAAGACUGCUGUCAUUUACCCUGAACAUCUACAUCCUGGGACAUCAGAUUUUUAAAGGGCUUUAUGUGAACUUGAUAUUAUAAUUUUUCUAAGCUUUUUAAAAAAGAUAACAAAAUUAUGUUUAUGUACUAAUUGUGUUCAGAAAAGUCAGGAAAAGUUGGUGGUAUUCAUUAGGUUUUAACUAAAUGGAGCAGUUCCUUAUGAUAUCAACUGUAUAGUAAGGAAAUAAAACACUAACUUAAUGUGUAUUCAGUUUAAAUGGUUAUGUAUUUUUAAAUUGCCAAGAAAAAUAAAACAACUUUGUACAUUUGAAGAUUUUUUUCCAGCAGCUUUUCGUCUUCAGUGUCUUAUUGUGGAACUUAACCCUCACCGGAAAAGGAAGUUGGCAAAAACAACCUCCUAGCACACUUUUUUAAAUGCAUAAUGGUAGCCUAAAACUUAGUAUUUUUAUAAGGUAUUAUAAUAUCGUUUUGUGGAUAAUUGAAAUAAAAAUUCUCAUUGAAUGCA